UGUCCAACAUGGCCGCCCUGUGAGGAGGACUCUGGCUGUACGAGCACUGUCACGGCUCACUGUCGUUAUUUCUCGUUUUUAAUUGACCGAAGUCCUGCGUGGAAAUGCGGCUGCCACUUCUCAGAGUGUGUUCCAGGAGCCGGACGACCUUCACCGCUGCUCUGUUAAAGCUAACGAGGCUAAGCGACAAUGCUAACGCGUGUCACUUCACUCAUUCAGCUGGACCUCGCGCACAAACAUGCAAAGCACUUGUGUACAGUAAACACGGAGACCCGGCUCAAGUCGUUCAAUUAGAGGAUAUAGAUCUGCCUCCUAUAGGUGCAAAGGAUGUCCUAGUUAAAAUGUUGGCAGCUCCUAUCAACCCAUCUGACAUCAACAUGAUACAAGGUACGUAUGCCAUCCUGCCUGACCUCCCGGCUGUUGGGGGCAACGAAGGUGUGGCUGAAGUCAUAGAGGUGGGCAGCCAGGUGAACUCCCUCAAAACUGGAGACUGGGUCAUUCCAAAAGAUGCUGGUCUAGGGACAUGGAGGACAGAGGCAGUGCUAUCAGAAGAAGAUGUCAUCUCCCUACCAAAUAACAUUCCCUUGUUGUCUGCUGCCACACUGGGGGUGAACCCGUGCACUGCCUUCAGGAUGCUCUCUGAUUUUGAAGAUCUUAAACCAGGCGACACCGUGAUCCAGAAUGCAGCCAACAGUGGAGUGGGACAGGCAGUCAUACAGAUUGCUGCUGCAAGAGGAGUAAACACAAUCAAUGUCAUCCGAGACAGGCCAGAGUUCACACAUCUCAGUGAUAGGUUGAAGGCCAUUGGAGCAACUCAUGUGAUCAAAGAAGAGGCGCUGAGGCGGCCUGAGAUCAAGGAACUGUUCAAGACAUGUCCAAAGCCAAAACUGGCAUUAAAUGGAGUCGGAGGCAAGAGUGCAACAGAACUGCUUCGUCAUCUUCAAAUUGGAGGCUCCAUGGUGACGUAUGGUGGGAUGGCCAAACAGCCAGUUACUGUCCCCGUGAGUGCUCUCAUUUUUAAGGAUGUUAAGGUCCGGGGAUUUUGGGUCACACAGUGGAAGAGAGACCACACAAGUGAUGAAGGUGUGUUCAGAGCCAUGCUGGAUGAACUGUGCUCCCUCAUCAAGCAGGGAAAGAUGACCGCUCCAAUCUGCACCAAAUUCAGUCUCCAAGACUACAGCAAAGCUCUUGAAGCAGCGACGAUGCCCUUUACUUCAGCUAAACAGGUUCUAAUCAUGUGAACUUACUGAACUACACUGUCAAGUCCACAGUGUGUGAACAUAAGGGUUAUUUAUGGAUCUAAUACACUGCUUACGCACAUCAAUACUCAAUAAAUAUGUCAUCACAACAAGUUCAAAGUCCCAUUUAAAAUCCUCUGGUUUACUGGCAGUAAUCAAAAACUCAUUACAUCUUCUUAGAGUCAGACGAGAUAACAGCUUAAUCUUUAAUGUGAGUAACAGAUUACAUAGCAUUUAAGUGACAUGGACAUGAAUAAGUUAAUUGUUCAAGAUUUAUUGUUUUUUAAUUGCUGAUAUUAUCAUUUAACCAUAGACUUAUCACAAGUGAUUGACUGGAAAUGAAGUGUAUUUAAGGUGAAGAGCCCGCACUAGACUCUAAAGCCAAAGGUUGUGUUUUCCUGCUUAACUUCUCGUUAAUAACUCAUUCAAACUUGAUCAUAAGGUAUUGUUGAGGUUUUUUUUUUUUUCACCCCUUGCGACACAAACCAGCUUGA